AUGGCACGCGGUGGUGAACACGAUGACGUUUGCUCCGGGGUGUUCGCCCGGCUGUCCUCGUUUGUGGGGGCCAUCGCGAUCGGCAAUCUGGUCAAGAACACACUCGGCCCGAAGGGAAUGGACAAGAUUCUGAUUGCGCACGGCCGUAGCGCCGGCCAGGUUGAGGUCACCAACGACAGGGCAACGAUUUUGAAGGCGGUCGGCGUGGACAUGAGUCGCUUCCAGGACGACGAGGUUGGCGAUGGAAUUACUUCCGUGACGGUGUUAGUGGCAGAGUUGCUGAGCGAGGCGGAAAAGUUGCUCGAGCAAAAAUUUCACCCUCAAACGAAUUGUGUCCCAGCAAAACUAUUUGCCGGCUGUUGCUUGGAGGAUUCGUUCCUGGACGAAAGUUUCCUGUUGGACAAGAAGUCCGUUGUGCACAAGCCGAAACGCAUCGAGAACGCAAAGAUCUUGAUCGCCAACACGCCGAUGGACACGGACAAGAUCAAGGUUUUUGGAUCGAGUAUAAAGAUGAACUCGAUGGUUGCCGAGCUGGAGGUCGCCGAGAAGGAGAAGAUGAAGGACAAGGCCAACCAGGUCCAGGCUCGUCUCGGUCGUUGUGAUAUGUUCUAAAGUUUGCAUCGAUGUGA